AUGGUCAACUCAAGAGCAAUCGCAGUUCAGCAUCGCAGCAUCUCAACUGCUUUGGCGGGGCACAAGCUUGGGACGCGACAUAUCUCCAGCUUUCCUAGCUUGUCAACAGCAUCCAGCUCCACGCUGUCCCCGUCCAAGGACUCUUCCACAUCCACACGUGCGGAAGCUGCAACAAAGACAGCUCCACGACCACGUGUCAUCUUCUCAGGAAUCCAGCCCACCGGUAUACCACAUCUAGGUAACUACCUCGGUGCACUGCGCAAUUGGGUUGACCUUCAAAAUGCAUCCUUCUCCACCUCGGACGAGCUCUACUUUAGCAUUGUCGGCUACCAUGCCAUCACUAUGCCGCAGCAGCCCGCUCGCUUGCGAUCCGAGCGAUCAGAGAUGAUGGCCACCCUACUUGCCAUCGGACUCGAUCCACAGAGAUGCACCAUCUUCCACCAGGACCAGGUGGCAGAGCAUACCGAGCUUGCCUGGAUCCUCAACUGCAUUACCGCGUUUGGCAAGCUCAACCGCAUGACGACCUGGAAGUCUAAGCUUGCUACCGCCAAAAACGUUGCCGAGGGGACAGAGGUGGAUGAAAAGGAUCUCAGCUUGGGGCUCUUUGCGUAUCCCGUGCUGCAGGCGGCUGACAUCUUGCUGUACAAAGCGACGCACGUUCCGGUGGGAGAAGAUCAGAUCCAGCAUCUGGAGCUGAGCAGAGAUUUGGCGGAUGUAUACAAUCGCAGGUUCAGCAAACGUUUCUUCCCGCUCCCACAGCACAUUAUCACGCCGACCAAACGGGUGCUUUCCCUGCGCGAUCCAGCGAGCAAGAUGUCCAAGAGCGCUCCCGACGUCAAUUCUAGGAUUUUGAUCACGGAUACACCCACACAGGUCGCAAGCAAGAUCAAAAAGGCGGUCACGGACGCAGAAAGGACACUUGCUUAUGAUACUGCAGCAAGACCUGGCGUGAGCAACUUGCUGUCGAUCCUCGCAGCGCUCAAGCCACCAUCAAGUUCAGACGGCGAUGUGCAAAACACUCCGCAGGAGUGGGCAGAACAACUCAACACCGAGAUCGCAGCAACGGGCGCUUCGUCAGGUCAACAUCUUAAAGCUUCACUUACCGAAGCGAUCGUAGAGACGCUGAGGCCGAUCCAGUCGGAACUGGAGAAGCUUCGACAGGAUCCGGAAUACCUACAGCAAAUGGAACAGCUAGGCAAAGAUAAGGCUCAGUCCGUGGCGAGAAGGACCAUGUCUCAAGUGCGCAAGAGCGUUGGCUUGAAUUAA